AUGUCCAACGUUGCUCCCGGCGUCUCUCCCGACGCUCCGGCUCCGUCGGCCGUCUCAAACCGCCCAGAUGUUAAGCGCGAUGCCCACCCUUUCUCGCGUAGUCAGCUCGAAGGUCUCAUGACAAAGCGAUUCUUCUACAUCCAGGCCUUUGAGAUCUACGGUGGUGUUGGUGGUCUCUACGACUACGGCCCCACUGGUGCUGCACUCCAGGCAAACAUCAUCAACCAAUGGCGAAACCAUUUCAUCAUCGAGGAGGAGAUGCUCGAGCUCGACACCACCAUCAUGACCCUUGCCGACGUUCUCAAGACUUCAGGCCACGUCGACAAGUUUGCCGACUGGAUGUGUAAGGACACCAAGAACGGCGAGAUUUUCCGCGCCGACCACCUUGUUGAAGGUGUGCUCGAGGCUCGUUUGCAAGGUGACAAGCAGGCUCGUGCCAAGGAGGCUGGUGAGACUCUCGCUGUCCCCGCCGAAGCCGUCGGCGGAGAUGACAAGAAGAGCAAAAAGAAAAAGGUCAAGUCGACCGCCGUCAAGCUCGACGAUGCUCUUGUCGAAGAAUACACCUCCACCUUGGCCCAGAUCGACAACUUUGACGGCAAACAGCUCGGCGAGCUCAUUCGCAAGUACGACAUUCGAUCGCCCGAGUCCGGCAACGAGGUUUCGGAACCUAUUGAGUUUAACCUCAUGUUUGAGUCUUGCAUCGGUCCCACUGGUCAGGUCAAAGGUUACCUUCGACCCGAGACAGCUCAAGGUCACUUUGUCAACUUUCAGCGUCUUCUUGAGUUCAACAAUGGCCGUGUUCCUUUCGCCAGCGCUCAGAUCGGCAAGUCGUUCCGUAACGAGAUCAGCCCUCGUGCCGGUCUCUUGCGUGUGCGAGAGUUCACGAUGGCCGAGAUCGAGCACUUUGUCGACCCAGAGGACAAGAACCACGAGCGUUUCGACGAGGUCAAGGAGAUCAAGGUUCCCCUCCUCGCCAAGGAUGUUCAGGAGUCGGGCAAGACCGAGAUCACUGCCAAGACUAUCGGCGAGGCCGUUUCUGCCGGCAUCAUCGACAAUCAGACGCUGGGAUACUUUAUCGGGCGUAUCUACCUCUUCCUCGUCAAGAUCGGUAUCGACCCUAGCCGAUUGCGGUUUCGUCAGCACAUGAGCAACGAGAUGGCUCACUACGCCAGUGACUGUUGGGAUGCCGAGAUCCAGACUUCGUACGGUUGGAUCGAGUGUGUCGGGUGUGCGGACCGCAGUGCCUACGACUUGACUGUUCACAGCAAACGUACAAAGAAGGAGCUGGUGGUGCAAAAGGCACACAAGGAAGCCAAGGUAUAUGACAAGCUGGUCGCCACAAUUGUCAAGAAGAACAUCGGACCCAAGUUCAAGAAGGAUGCCAAGAUGGUCGAAGAGGCUAUUCUCGAGAUGGACCAGAACAAGCUCGCUGAACUUGAGUCGCAGCUCAAGAAGGGUGCUGCUUCUCUCACCAUCUGCACUGGUCAGACUUUCGAAUUGACCACCGACGUUGUUACGGUCGAGAUGAAGACGAUUCGCGAGACGGUCCGCGAGUUUACUCCGAACGUCAUCGAGCCAUCGUUCGGCAUUGGCCGUAUCUUUUACUCGUUGUUGGAACACAGUUUCUGGACUCGUGCAGAGGACGAGGACCGUGGUGUGCUUAGCUUGCCACCACUCGUUGCACCUAUCAAAGCGCUGAUCGUGCCCAUCAGCUCGAACGAAAAGUUGGCUCCCUUGGUCAAGCAGGUGAGCCGAAAGUUGCGAUCCGCUGGUCUUGCUUGUAGGGCCGACGACUCGAACGCUUCGAUUGGUCGACGAUACGCACGAAACGACGAACUGGGAACACCCUUUGCUUGCACGCUUGACUUUGCCAGUUUGAGCAAGGGCACCAUGACGUUGCGAGAGCGUGACUCGACUGCACAGAGGAUCGGUCCUAUCGACCAGGUGAUCGAAGUGAUCCGACAGCUUUGCGACGGUAGCUUGGACUGGCAGGGGGCUUGCAAGGUCUUGCCCGAAUACAGCGGUCAGCAGGACGUUGAGGCCUGA